CCUUAAGUUUACAUUUCAAAUAAAACCUCAGUCUAUAUUUAUGUUUCUGCAGACAACUUUCUUGAAUUCAAACGUUGACAAAAAUCCUUUUCUUGGGAAAAUUAUUACGUUUAAGAGCUUGCCUGGAGUCACAACGGAUAGUUUGCAUUCAUACAAGUGAACUGUUGGUUUAAAUCUGCGAUGGAACUGCAAAAUUUAUCCAGUGAUUUUACGAGAAGACGCUAGACUUUUAUAGCUGUUGUUUAUUUUCGUUUUGUCGUCCUUUAUUUGUUGAUGGCCAGCAGUAGCGGGGGUGCCCACUCGAGUAACGAAUACACAGCUUCUGUAGAGCACGAUUUCUCAACUGGGGGCAGUUUAUCGCCACAGGCGGCGUCCGUUAUUAUCACCGAAACCGCUUCCAGUACCCAGAUCCAGGUCUCGACUCCACUUGAAACACGCACGGCAUCCUUGGUUGUCAAUCAGAACACUCAAAUCAAUUCUUGCAACGCCUCGACAUCAGAAUCCCAAACAUCGGCAAGAAUCUCGGCCACUCAGUCCUUAAACAAUCCCGAUUUUUCAGUGGAUUCCUUGCAAAUUUUCGUUGCACCUAGAAGCUCAUCCACUGAUUUUAGUCAAUCUGCGCCCGGUGACAAUCCAGAACUUCAUGAUAAUCCCCCAUCUGUUAGUCUAAAGUGGUCCAGCUUAAUGAACAGAUACCAAGAACUUUCGUCUGAAAUUGGUUACACGGAGGAUAUGGAAGCGAAAUGCGAACAACAGUUAGCUUCAAUUCGCGCAAGAAAAACUCUUCUAAAAGAAGUUCAACAAGAAACGGAAUCUAUGCUAAACGAUGGACCCCAGAGUGUAUCUAAUCACAACUCCGAUCAGAAAGUCACUGGGACAAAUAAAAGUUCAACGCUUCCUCACGACUCCAGAAGUGCACUUUCAAGUCCUGGAAUGAGUAGCAAAUCCAGGUCAUCCACUAUGUCCGCUUUGCCUCCUGGAUUCGAGGGUUCCAGCAUCCCACUUCAGCCCAAAGCAGCACCGGCUUUUCAAUUCAGCCCUGGUCCAAUUUACCACGACCCUCUUGACUACUUAGGACGAACGGGUGCACCUUUUUUCUUUCCCAACAUGUCAUCGUAUUUAGACACGAAAGUUUUUAAAGAAGGUCAGCUCAUAACAGUCAGCAGUGAAUCAUCAGAAGAAAGUCUAGAUGACGCAACUGCAUUGGAAGAACUGACGCCAUAUUUUGGAGUAUCGGAUCUGAGUAAAAGUCUGGACAUCUCUGAGACUACCGACGCUCCAAGUUCGGUUCAAAUGACAGACGACUAUCAGGAAGUCUUCGGCGAUCCGAGAAACGACGAUCUUGUUCAGGAAGCUUCGUCUGAUGUUUCUGCAUUGAUGCAACGAUUUCUCAAAUUCUCCGAAAUGCAUCAAAAUGAGCCGUUGGAUAACUUAACAAUUGAUGUCAAUAACGAUGAAAAAGUUGUCGAUAAAACACUACAAUCGGUAGCUCAGACAAAUCUCGGCGAGAAUAGCCGAACGCUGCCGAAUGAUUGUGUUUCCUUGGAUCCUGUGGAUGAUAGACGGCUUCAGAAGCUCGAGUCGCAGACUACGACUACUGGGGACGACAACGCGGUCGGCAGCAGCGGCGGUGAUUCAGCUAGUGACGUCGAGAGUCUCAAAUCAGAGAUAUAUGUGCUCAGAUCAAAAAUGCAGAAAUUAGUUAAUUAUACUCCUGAACAUGCCAACAAAAAAGCAUAUCGAAGCAAGAUCACAGAAGUGCAGAAACAGCUGAAGUGUCUAGAGGAGAUGAUUUCACAUUGCUCCUCCCCCUCACACGUGUCUGCCUCCGCUCCCCCGAAACCACUACCCAGGGCUCCGCUCUCUCUCCCAGAAAACAACAGCGCCAACAACAUCGACACAAACAACAGCAAGGGCAAAAGAAACAACAAUAAUAAUAACCGACAGUCAGUCUCAAAAGAGAUUGAAGGCGAACUUAACAACAAAGACGAACAUCUUCAAUCAUCGAGCUCCAAAAUAACUUCCACCACCAAUGAGAAUGAAAAUGACAGACAAACACAGAAACGACCCACUGAAAACCAUUCAGCCGAGCGAAACGUCGAUAAUUUGAACGGCCAGAAUGCUAAACCCAACGAUGACGCAACAAUAUGUGAUAAAAAGAUGACAUCACCGAAGGACAUCCAGGGUCCAAAGAGGACUUCGGUGGUGUCUGGGAACAGUGCGAGUAGUGCAAGUGUGAACAACAGUGCAGUUCUGAGAAAAGAGAGACACAAUUACACCAAGAUGGUCUUGGAGUACAUCCACAAGAUGAGGCAGCUCAACAUUCAGUUGCUCAAGGACAAAAUCAACAGAAAGCAAUACUACCAUUACUACCACAGUCACCAUGCGAAGAAACACUCAUCAGGAGACGCAAAUGGGGGCAGUGGAGGGAGUGUACAUGGAACAUCAGUCUCUCAGACAUUUCUAGAGGAGGAAGAUCUGCUGUUGCUGGCUGAGGAGCUGGAUCUCCACCAGCAGAAAGUGAUGGAGUUGGAACAGAGGUUGGGCAACUGGCACCUGUGGCUUUUGGAGUGCAGCACAGCCGCCGAACCCCAUGUCUCCUCUUCUUCCACCUCGGUAAACGCCACCCAGACAAACACACCGGAUCCAACAGAGGAAAACAACAACAUUAGGCAUGGAGACUCGUCGGCUAGUGGGACUUGGUUCUCGCGAUGGGACGCCAUGAAAUCGGAGUUGGAUAUGUUGGCUGUCGAGAGCGAGAACACCUGUACUCUAGUGCGCAUUGCGCUGACUAGACACAACAGACUCAGGUCUAUUCUUCAACAGAAAGGAGCCUCGAUAACAGCUUCGAGUGGAAGUGACAGACGACGCAAGACCACUGCUUCCGGAAACCCUCGCGGAUCACAUCACAAGCGAAGAGGCGGUGGCAACAACACGCACGUGUCUAAUGCCUCGUGUGACCAGAAUAACUCUGGGAGUAACUCGGCUGGCGGGGGAGGGGCAAGCGGGGGCGCGGGGGAGCAGAGUGUGUGGGUGGAGAGAAGUGACCGAAGUGCAAGUGGGGGCACUAAUCCGAGGAGCAUCAAGGAAGCAGAGACGAGUGGCGACGAAAUUUGGAAACGGACCAAUCAGGUUGCAGUUGUUGGCAAACCACAGGGAACCAAUCAAAAUUUAGCACUACCAGCUAGCGGAUAUAAAAAGGGAACCAAGGGCCAUGUUAUACGACAGUCUAGCACUGAGUCCGAAAUAACUAAGAUCACUGGUCGCAAAGAGGAGUCUGAUUCCAACAGUUUCGGUAUUGAAGAGUCCAAGAAAAGUCAACCAAUUGCAGAAGAUCCUCACAUGCAGAGCCAGCAAACAUACGACCCAACAAACAUACAGCAAACAGUACACAAAACCACUCAAAACAUUUCAUCGAUCAGUCAUUUGAGAUCCAGUAAAACCCAGUCACAAUUUCUGGACAACCAGUUUCCAAACGAGCAAUGGACAGACAAUGAUCUUGCGAGAGGUUCUCAUUUUUACACUGGCGAUCGCAAAUUGUAUCGCAAUCAGACUAUUGCAAAUGCACCACAGCAGCAUCAGUAUGCUCAGCAACAUUAUUACCCAAACCAGGUCUUUUCGCCUCAACAUCAACAAUUUGUAGUAGCAGGACAGCCAUAUGCGACCAUGUACCACCCUCAGCAUGUCAUCAAUUUUGACCAAAGGGGAAGGUCCUAUACAAUGGUUCCUCAAACGUCCAAAGUAAAAGAGCAGCCUCAAGGUCUGGUUGUCCUCGAACGAGCGAAAAGUGUUGAGGCACCGGAACGUCGGAGAAUGAACCAAGCAACGUCUCAUGACGAAGCAGAAGUCCAAACCGACAAAAAUUCUUUCGAGCGACAGGAAUCUGAACCAGUUCGGAUGUCCAAAACACAUCGCAGCCGCUCAACAAUGUCGUUGCCUGCUCAUCCUGCUAAGUUGCACGAGACUUCGUUCAUAGAGAGUUCGCCCAAAACUGUAAACCUACUCGAGCAAACACUCAAUGGCCCCAAUGCGGUGUCUCAGUACAGCAUGUUAAGAGGAGGACGCAUGCAGUCCAGCGAGUCACGAGACUCUUUAUUUUCGGUCCCGCCCAGAUUGCCGCAGCAGAUGCCGCAGUCGCCACUUGCGCAGAAACGGUCGCAGGGUACGGAUACAAAUCCUCGGGCGACGCCCAUUUUUCUGGACGGAGGAAACAUUUUCUCGACAAAGAGUGGAGGCGUAUACAGGAUUAAACCUCCUCUGAAUGAUUUGCAAGGCAAUGACAGGCGACGCGAAACACGUGUGAAACCCACGCCUGCUCCAUCGGGCCAGUUCCCCAUUCCUCAGCAGCAGAGCUACGACGGAAUGAGCGACAGCGGGAUCAUGGACACAGACGGUCCGGGUACUAAGAGCGAUUCUGAAUUGGUUGCCUUGAGCAAAGCUCAGAAGACUCCGACCCAUUUCUACCAAGUUCAGGCAGUUCCCCAGUACACUGUAGGGGGGAUACCGGUUCAGAUCUCACAACAGCCAAUGCAGACUAUGACUCCACAUAAACAGAAAAAGAAGAAAGGCCUGACAGGAGCUGGUCACGCGUUCAAGAACAAACUGCACAAAUUCACUAAAGACCUCGAGGCUCAUUUACUUCCAGAAAUAGCAGAUGCAAACAGGGCAAACGCCAUGCAAAUGCAAGCACAGUUGAACGCGAUGUCGCCCCAGCAACAGCAACAGUUAAUUCAACAAGGCUAUGCACCUCCACAAAUUAUGAACACAACUCAGAUGACACCCAUGCUUGCAGAGUUCUACGACUCAAGGAGACAACAACGACCCACCACUCCUGGCGGACAACCGCAAGUCCUGCCGAGUAACAUCGGGUUCGCUCAAAUGUCGACAUCGCAACAGCAACAUGGAGCCCCAGCUCAGUUUGUGUACGCACACACACAACAGCCCUUGAUCAACGCUCAGAAUGUCUCCAUUUCCAGAACUCAACAGCAAAUGGUUUCACCUACGCAGGUUUUUAUGAUUGACCAGAAUAACCGAAGCAUAGUUCAGAGCCCAGUGGUCCAACAACAGAUGCAUCAACAGCAGCAACAAUUAACUGCUCAAAAUAUCAACGCAGUUAUUGCAACUUCGCAACCUGGAAUUCAAAUGACGUCUCAAGUUUCUCAAUCGAACUCCAACCAAAAUGCAAACUUGCAACUCCCGAACGGGGAUCCUUCGUGUUCGUCCCCGCAACAGAUUCUCUCGCCAUCUGAUUCUGUUUUGUCACCGUCGUCUUCAAUUUCCGGGAACAACAAGCUGGACGCACAAGCGUCCCCACGGCACUCCGGGGCGAGUAGCAUGGGUUCACUUUCCGCAGCCGCCGGAGUCAAUACAUCCGCAGGAAGUAACCCCGGAAACCAGGGUCUAGGAAGCAAAAUCUGCGCCACACCAUGCUACUACAGAACCAUGCCAGAGAAUAAAAUCCAGGUUAUAUAUCCGGACAGUAACCGAAUCUUCCAGUACACAUACAGCCGAACGCUUCCACCACCGAACAAAAAGUCAUCAACGCAGAUCAUCCAGCAAGUCCAACCAGACGGGACUCUUUCGGAAGAGAAGCUGUAUUUUUUCGACCCCAUUCAGCUGACAGAUGCUCAGAAUGAACAAAUUAUGACGCAACAAUUAGUUAACAAUGAAACCUCGCAACAUCAAGGUCAGCAGUUUAACGAUGUUAUGCAGUUUAAACAGCAACCAAGAAGAACAGUGAAUUUGGGGAGAAGCAAAAGUGACGGGUCCAAUUUGGAGCACAUAGGUCGAGAGAGGUUGAUGAAGAGUCAGACCCCGCAGGGUGUGACCUUUGCCCACCCCGACCAAUAUCCUUAUAUUGCAGGUCAAGUUCAAGAGGGAGGCUGGUUGAACAGAAAGAAGCACACAGUUAAAGGACUGGUCAGGCUAACAAAAGAGCUGAUAAAAUGAAGAAACACCCAAUUUAAACGAUCAAAGACUUAACGCCGCUUAUCAUAGCUGAUGAAAAACUGCAAAUUUAUGGAGCUUUUUAUUUUCUUAGAUAGAAUUAUGCAAUUCAAAUUCAACAAAAUUCCAAAAGUACACUCGCCCUUAAUUAACCUCGUAUUUCUAUUAAUUACCAAAACAUACCAACAGGUAAUUGCAUAGAAAAAGCUUUGCGCUAGGAAUUCUUCCAACAUACGAUUUAACAUCAGUCUUUGUACCAAUACUUCGCAGUUAUUUUCAAAAAAAAAUCUGCGCUAAAUUUACCACAAGAUUUGUGCAAUUCUCGCUCUUAAGCAUGGGAAUCUUAAUUAUGCAGCUAUUUAAACUAAACAAUAACUUAAAUA